CGACCUCUGGAACUCGCUUCCCCUCUCUCUGUGAUCUCACUCUCCUCUUCCUCCUCACCCCGGAAUCGUGGAAACUCAUUGUAAUUGCAAUCUGUCGCUGAAAAGGGUUCCUUGAUGCUGAAAAAGGAGCAGCCUUGCAAACAGAAUCGCAGACCAGCACCACCGAGCCCCGACGCCCCUCUUCGGUCUCUUCUCCUACCUUCAGCAACAUCUCUUCUCCCAUCUUCGGUCUAACCCGUCAAUCUCCCACAAGUUCACAAUAAAUUUGUAAUUUAGAAACCUUUAAACUUCUCAGUCUCAGCUCAGAUCACCAUGCCUCCAGCUGGCCCUCGAUCUGGUGACGCAAUCUUUGCCAACGUUGAACGCGUGAAUGCGGAGUUAUUUACGUUGACGUAUGGUGCAAUUGUGCGCCAGCUGCUCACUGAUCUUGAGGAGGUUGAAGAGGUUAACAAGCAGCUUGAUCAAAUGGGCUAUAAUAUUGGCAUUCGAUUAAUUGAUGAGUUUCUAGCAAAAUCUAAUGUAUCUAGAUGUGUUGACUUCAAGGAGACAGCUGAAGUGAUUGCAAAGGUUGGUUUCAAAAUGUUCUUGGGGGUCACCGCAUCUGUUACAAAUUGGGAUGCUGAUGGAACAUGUUGCAGUAUUGUUCUGGAGGACAAUCCUCUGGUAGACUUUGUUGAGCUUCCAGAUACUUGCCAAGGUCUUUACUAUUGCAAUAUCUUAAGUGGAGUUGUAAGAGGGGCCUUAGAAAUGGUAUCGAUGAAGACUGAAAUCAGUUGGAUCCGUGAUAUGCUUCGAGGAGAUGAUGCAUUCGAGUUGCAAGUUAAGCUCCUCAAGCAAAUUCCAGAAGAGUACCCGUACAAAGAUGAUGAGUAAAAUGCUUGCACAGCGUAACCUGAGAUGUAAACUGUUUUAUUCCUUGAAAUCAAAUGUUAUGUAUUUAGUAUGCAUUCGCGGGCACAUUGAAUAGAUAACCGUGUGUUUCUUUACCCUCCGUUAGGUUUUACCAUUCCGAUGAACCAUGGAAACGACUAAAUGUGCAAUUUACAUGUUUUGUGACUCUCAACCAUAUUUUUCUUUCAUGUAAUGGGUUGUAAGAAAAACAUGUAUGUUUUCAGGAAAGUGUAUUGUAACGUGAACUAACAAUGCAUUAUUUUACUGAACCAGAAAGUUUGUCAUCAA